CGACCGAAUGGACGCAUGCGCGGCCGUCAUAUCCUCCCGGAGGAAAACUCCACCCGCUGCACGGCCGAGGCGACAAUCGAGGAGCCGGAGGAGAGUGUACGAGAUAUGGUCAGUAGGCUGGAGAGCGGUAACGCUACGCUUGCCACACGCACCGCCAACAAACCGCGCAUCAUCGAGUCGCGAUGUAUCGAGAAGUACGAACCCGAACCGGCCAUCACGAUCAACAACCAGACGACGGUGGAAGGUGCCCACGCCACCGACCGAAAGUCACCCAGCGCCCCGGUGGAACCAGUCACCGUCAACAACCACAUCAACGUUGUGCAACCGGUCACGGCCAACGGAACUGUUCCGCAGCCACCACCGAUUCCGGGUCCACUGCUGAUACCGCCGCUUCUGCGGGGAGGCCCAGCAAAGUCAUUGCCGGUUUGUGAGACGCCAACGGCCACGGCAUCUCCCACGACCGUUGCCACAUCCAUGGAGCGUCCACCCAAAGUUUGCCGUAAUAAAAAUGUGGAUCUCGCGUUUGCGGCCACCAUGAAGCAGCUGGUCGGGUUGAAUGGUAACGGCACGGUAAGACAACCGUCCGCAGUCAAAAAGUCCCCAUCGCAGGUGUCGGUCACCAUGGAGUCGAACACUCACGAUCAGCAACAGUCACCGCCGGAGAGUGCACCGACGAGUGCCGCUUCCGUGACCAAAACGGUCACCUUUAACUUCACCAACGGGUCGCCCGAAACGGUGGCCACCAAUGGGGCCGAGGAGCCGCACCAUACGAAUGGGGCGCCAGCGCAAACGGUGGACCACAGUGAGAAUCUGCGGCCGAGCGCCAUUGCCGAGCAGCGAAAGGCUGACGAGCUGACGUCCCCGAAGCUGGUCAACUGGAGCAGUAUUGGCCGGUUCGACGAGCGGCAGUACUUCGCCAACGACCGGAAGCUGAUCGAGAAGCGCAAAUACGACGACAUGGAGUUCGAGGAGUUUGAGGUGCUCGAUCCAAAUGCUCCCCCCUCUUCGGAGCAUUACGACAGUCUCAACAGCAAGUGA